UUCUGUUUUUGGGGGUUGAAUUGUGUAACAAUGGAAGGAAACGUGUGUGGUUCAUCAAUGGUGAAUAGGAUGAAGAAACUAUUGUGUUUGGUGUUUUUCCUUGUUUUUGUGAAUAGUAAGCCUGUUUUUGAAAUGGAGAAAGAAGACGUCACAUAUUAUACAUCUCACAAUAAGACUCUUAUUCUGAAGAUGUAUAUGAACUGGUGCCCUUAUUGUAAACGUUUUGCUCCAGUGUUUCAGCAAUUGGCUAAUUCCUUUGAUGAUAAACCUGAAGUUGUUCUGGGUCAAGUGGAUUGCCAGCUCAAUAAAAGACUGUGCAGUGAUUAUGUCGUGUAUGAAUAUCCCUCAGUUCGACUAGUCAAGCCAGGCGGAGAAAUGCUUGCCUAUAUGGAUAAGCUGAAUGCUACCCAAAUUAUGAGUUUCGUGUAUGGAAUGACAGGAAUCGGUUCUCCUGUAGCUCCUCCUGUCGACCUUCUCACAUACCUGUCUCCCGCGGAGAUUCCGGAUAAGAUAAAGGACAAUGGCCAUAUCAGUGUUAUCUAUGUGUGGCGUAACGGCGACGACAACACGCAAGGAGCCGAGAUCGCGCGUCACUUAGCGUGGAACUUCCUGGUAGAUCCUUUGGUGCAAUUCUACCAAACUCCGAUGUCGAGCGAUCUCCCCAGCUCCGUUCUGAAGGUGAUGUCCACUAACUUCCCUCAAUAUCUGGUGAUUUUCCAUGGGAAGGUCAGACGGUACGACGUGGAUCCGAGCGACAGCAAGGAGGAUCAGGAAGAAAUGCUGCUGGAUGUGCUGAAUAUGUAUGCGGGCACCUUCCUGACCAUCGACGGAAGCCAGUACUACCCGUCAGGAAGAGACCAGAAGAUGGAGAGCGCGUUGAAGCGAAUCAAGACAUGGGACAGCAAUGGACUGGCGAUGAUUCGAAGAGCGGUGGAGGAAUUGCUGCGGACGAAGACUGAGUUGAAGGAGAGGUACAACAAGGCGCUGGAUCUGCUGGAGAAGGACGGAAUGAAAGCGAUCUGGAAGAAAUGGCACCAGAACCGAAGAUUGGUGGAGCAGUUGGAGGACGAUGAUCCGAAGCUCGAGGAAGCGGAGAUGGAGUGCAUGGUACUGAGGUCGCUGACCAAGUAUUUGAAGAAGAAGAGUUUGGCAGGACCGGGGAAGGCAGCAGCGGGUGAAGCGAAGAAAGAGGAGGUGGAGAAGCCAAAGGAAGAGGCUCCAGAGGCUCCAGAGGCUCCAGAGGCUCCAGAGGCUCCAGAGGCUCCAGAGGCUCCAGAGGCUCCAGAGGCUCCAGAAGCGAUGAAAACGGACAUUCCUAAAGAGGAAGUGGUGGUCCAGGAGCAAGAGAGAGCUGAAACACCGAAGGAGGAAAAAAGCAGAGGAAAAGCAAGAAGAAGAAGAAGAGCUUUGAAUUAUCGCGAGGUGGGAACACAAAAGUCUUUUAGCAAAGCCAAUCCAAAGCCUCCUUACUGA